AUGGCCGAUGUGAACGCAGUAAACAUUCCUCAUGACGAUUCCGUUGACAUAAUUCUACCGGAAGUACGAUGUUUCACCAAAGUUCGAAACGUUAAGUGUAAAUUCACUUGGAAAAUUCAACACUACAAGACAGCCUGCGGUAAAAAAGGCGUUAUACUGAAAUCGCUCCCUUUCUCGGCUACAAACGAUACUUGUAAUUGGUUUCUAGAGCUUCAUGCUAAAGACGACGAUUAUAAUUAUUUGGGAUUAUAUCUAAAAGCGUACAGUAUCGAUGAAGUAUCAAAAUACGGUCCGUUGGCGGGUGAUUUGAAAUUCUCCAUAAUUAACAACGAAGGUCAAGAAACUACCACCAGAAAAGAAGAUUUCUCUGUAACCACAUCUAAAACACAUCAUUGUUUCGAAUAUUUUAUUAAAAACGACGAGUUAUUAAAUAACGAGAUUAAAUUAUUACCGCAAAAUACGCUGACGAUUUUGUGCGAAGUUAAUUUCGUCAAACACGAGAGUAAGAUCGACUUCCCCGAGCAAUAUUGUUUUACGGAUUCCGAAACCGACGAUGUAAAUCCUUUGACGGAAUUUGAAAAAUUAUACACCAAAGAAGAUUACAGCGAUAUAACGAUUUACGUUAAUGGUAAACCGUACCCAGCGCAUAGAACCAUUCUCGCAGCUCGUAGUCCUGUAUUCGCUGCUAUGCUGAAACACAAUACGAAAGAAAAUCAAUUAAGUCGUAUCGACGUGAAGGAUAUCGACGAACAAGUUUUUCUCGAAGCGUUACGUUUUAUUUAUACCGGAAAAGUACAAGAUCUUGAAAUACUGGCUUUCGAACUAUUACCGGUCGCUGACAAGUAUGAUCUGAAGAAAUUGAAGGCGAAAUGCGAAAUCGUGUUGUUUUCGAAAAUGUCCGCGGAGACUGUGGUGAAAAUUUUAGUAUUGGCUGAUAUGCAUAAUGUUAAAUCUUUGAAAACUCGGGCUAUCGAUUACAUUAGAGCGUACUCGCUUAGUGUGGUGAAUUUAAUGGAUAAGGAAGCCUGGAAUGAUCUCACAUCUAGACCACAGCUGAUGAAGGAUAUACUCGAAUCGUAUAUGAAGAGGUAG